GUUUAUUUAUCCAAAUUUUGGUUUGACGAAAUAUAUUUGGAAAAGGUUUGAGAUUGUUAAAUUAGGAAACACUGAACAAAAUGGGAUUUUAGGAAAUUAGGAAACACUAAACACUGCUCUCUCCAUAUAAUGGCCAAUCAAAUAUUUGAACUGCAAAUAAUUGAAGAGAUCAGAAUGGCCACCAUGAGAGCUUCUCCGCUUCCUAACUCCUCCGCACUCCGCAUAACCCGUGCGCCGAACCUCUCGGCCGCCGCCGCCCCAUAUUUUCCGGCCAGAUGGAGGUCCGGGUCCUCUGGGAUUGAGACGACUACUGAUGCCCAGCAGCAGGAUACUCUGUUUUUGGACGGCCUUCAGCUUCCCACUACUUUUGAGGAUGUGCCAUCUUUUCCGGCUGAAAGGAGGUCAGAGCUACCGCCGCCGCAGCGGCAAGAUCCUCCUUUUCUUGAUGGCGGCCUGAUUCGUAAUGGUCCUGAUGCACCACACUUCCCGGACGCCGCUGCUCCAUGUUUCCCGGCCGGAGGGAGGUCUGGGAUUGAGACAGCUUUUGCUCCGCGGGAUAGGAGGCCACAAUUGCCGCCGCCGCGCCGCCAACGUCAGUAUGAUCUGUUUGUGGACGGCGUUCUGGUUUCCACCGGCUUUGUGGAUCCGCCAUCUUUUCCGGCCGCCGUUUCCCCAUCAAGAACGAAUAGAGAGCCUGAAGCUUGCCGUGUGUGUUUGGACGACGUAAUUCCCCACAAUAUCGAAACUAAUUGCAUUGUCAAAUGGGUGCGGAGAAACAGGUGUCUUUUGUGCAGGGCAGCACCCAUAAUUGAUUGAAACAAAAAAUUAAAAAGUCAAUUGGGUUAGGAGAUUUUUAUUUGUGGAUUUGCUGAAUUUCUCCUCUACGGCUAUUAAGAACUUUGUAGUUUUGAUAAGAUUGGUACUUGUAAUAAUUUUUAGAUAAUCGAUUUGUAUGUAGUAAUGUUUUUUAAGUAUGAUUGAUCUUGAUUACUUAUUUCAAGUUUGCAAGUAUUAGUUUAAUCAGGUGAAAUCAAUUUUAGAUGUUUG